AUGGGAAGCAAGGGUGAUGAUGUAGGUGAGAAGGGCGAUAAGACUCGCGUCCCUCAUGAUGCUAACAUCAACCAUCCCGAGACCGUCGAAGCGCUUCCCGAGGAGCUAAAGCAACAAGUAGAGGCCAAGUUCAACGCCAUUCUGAAUACUUUUCUUCAGAGUUGCACUAAAGAUCGGCGGGACAAGGUCACCCAAUACAAGGAACCAGAUUUCAGCGAAUUCAUCACUUCUACAUCAUCUGCACAUGUUGCAUCUGAGGUAAGGACCACUGAACCCAAAUACGAUAAAGAUCCUUAUCCUACGCAUGCCAAUUACGCUACUAUGAUGGAUGAUCAUAAAAAAGUAAUUGAUAAUAAUCUUUUAGCUGCGGUAAAUAUGAUCAUGGCUCAUAUUGAUAACUUAGAAGAGAAAACAACCGAUCGUGUGGUAUGCCUUUAA